GGGGGAGUGGGGGAACGAGGAAAAGAAUCUAUAAAAUAGAGGAGUUGCGUAUGGUGGGAUGUAGAGGAGCAUAGCCAAACCCUCAAUCGUCUUUCACUGCUCUGUCACUCACUCAUAGCCCGUAGCCGUCCGAUGAAAGGGAAACAACUGUUAACUGAAUCCGUUGCAGUUGUCCCAGGCGUCGCAUCCUCAUCAUCACCCUGUUUCUCUUCCAUCUGUUCCUCUUUUUUUUCCUAAUUUUCUUUUUCUAAUUUUCUAAAAUCAUUUUCUCUUUCCUUAUUCCCUCAAUUUUCUAAGCAAACUAAAAUUAAAAGGCCAAGAACGUCAUGGAACUGGCAAUGAAGGUGGCAGAGGCGGUCCAUGUGCUCAACCACGAUACCCAAUCCUGCAAUCGCGUCGCAGCCAAUCAGUGGCUCGUUCAGUUCCAACAGACCCAUGCCGCCUGGGAUGUCGCCACUGCCAUCCUCACCGCCGAUCGCCACCUCCCCCUCGCCUCCAAUUUUGAGGUCGAGUUCUUUGCAGCGCAGAUUCUCAAACGCAAGAUUCAAAAUGAAGGUUAUCUACUGCAGUUAGGAGUUAAAGAUGCUUUAUUAAAUGCCCUUCUUCUUGCAGUCAAAAGAUUCAGUACUGGUCCACCUCAGCUUUUGACACAGAUCUGUCUUGCACUCUCUGCACUUGUACUUCAAGUUGCUGCAUAUGGAAACCCAAUUGAGCAACUCUUUUACAGUCUGCAGAAUCUGCAAAGCCAAGUUGAUGGCAAUAUUGCUGUCCUUGAGAUGCUCACUGUCCUGCCAGAGGAAGUUGUUGACAACCAGCGUAUCGACUCUAAAAUUAGUUCAUUACACAAAAGCCACUAUACCCAAGAGCUUCUCUCCCAUACACCUAUGGUUCUUGAGUUCUUGCUGCAGCAGUCUGAAAUAAAUUUUGAUGGUUCUGUGCAACAACAGGAAAGGAACAGGAAAAUUCUACGUUGCUUAUUGAGUUGGGUUAAAGCAGGUUGCUUCUCAGAGAUAUCUCCUGGAACAUUGCCGGCACACCCACUUCUAAAUUUUUUGUUCAAUUCAUUGCAGGUUUCAUUAUCAUUUGAUCUAGCCAUUGAAGUUCUUGUUGAACUUGUGACUAAACACGAGGGAGUACCCCAAAUUUUGUUAUGCAGGGUACAAUAUUUAAAGGAAGUACUUCUUUUUCCAGCUCUUACUAGGGGAGACAUGAAAGUAAUUGGUGGCCUCGCGUGCUUGUUGUCAGAAAUUGGGCAGGCUGCUCCAUCUCUGAUUGUUGAGGCAAGUGCAGAAGCUCUGGCCCUUACAGAUGCCCUCUUGAGCUGCGUGGCAUUUUCAAGUGAAGAUUGGGAGAUUGCAGACUCAACACUUCAGUUUUGGUCUACUCUUGCAGGUUAUAUACUUGGCAUUGAAGAUGGUGCAAAAAGUAGAAAACAUAUGGAAGACAUUUUUUCUCCUGUCUUCUCAACAUUACUUGAUUCACUGUUAUUGCGUUCUCAGGUGGAUGAUUGUACAUACAAUGAUGACGGAAGAGUAGUUGAUUUGCCUGAUGGUCUUAUCCAUUUCAGGAUGAACCUAGUAGAACUUUUGGUGGAUAUAUGCCACCUGUUAGGAUCUGCUACGUUUAUGCAAAAGGUGCUUUGGAAACUCUUUAUUGGUGGGUGGGCAUCUCAAAAUCUAUCAAUCCCUUGGAAGGAAGUGGAAAGCAAACUAUUUGCUCUUAAUGCUGUGGCUGAUGUAAUCAUACAGGAUGGCCAAAGUUAUGAUUUCUCUGUAGUUAUGCAGUUGGUGACCAUGUUAUCCAUUAAACCUUCUGAUGGCUUGAAGGGUUUCAUUUGCAUUGUAUACAGAUCUCUGGCAGAUGUUGUUGGUUCAUAUUCCAAGUGGAUAUCUGCUUUUAAGGAAAAUUUUAGAUCCUUGCUAUUAUUUCUUGCUAUUGGGAUUUCAGAAUCUCUAUCUUCAAAUGCUUGUGCAUCUGCCUUGCGAAAAGUCUGUGAAGAUGCUUCUGUAGUAAUUUAUGAGCCUUCAAAUUUAGAAAUUUUAAUGUGGAUAGGAGAGGGUUUAGAGAAAUGGAAUUUGUCUUUGGAAGAUGAGGAAGAAGUUAUGCAUGCAAUAAGUCUGGUUCUUGGUUCUGUGUCCAAUCGGGAACUAAAGAACAAUUUAUUGGCUAGAUUGCUUUCAUCUAGCUAUGAAGCUAUUGGGAAACUUGUUGAUCCCGAAAUCAGCCUGUCUCUUAAACAGAACCCUGCUUCUUAUACACAGGUUUUAAAUGCUGCCUCUAGAGGGUUGCACAGAAUUGGAACUGUAUUCAGUCAUCUUUCCAUAUCCGUGGCAACUGAACCUGCUGCAGAUGACUCAAUACUUUCACUGCUAAGGGUUUUCUGGCCAAUCUUGGAGAAAAUUUUUGGCUCUGAGCAUAUGGAGAAUGGAAAUUUAUCUGUAGCAGCUUGCCGAGCUCUUUCACUAGCUGUUCAAUCUUCAGGUCAACAUUUUGUGACAUUACUGCCCAAGGUGAUGGACUUGCUUUCAACAAAUUUUGUUUUGUUCCAAAGUCAUGAAUGUUAUAUAAGAACUGCUUCCAUUGUCAUUGAAGAAUUUGGUCACCUAGAGGAGUAUGGACCUUUAUUUGUUACUUUGUUUGAAAGAUUUACUCAUGCAGCUUCUGUAAUGGCCCUAACUUCCUCCUACAUAUGUGACCAAGAACCUGACUUAGUGGAGGCCUACACCAAUUUUGCAUCAACAUUUAUCCGAUCCAGUAACAAGGAUGCCCUAUCAGCAUGUGCUUCUCUUCUUGAAGUUUCUAUCCAAAAGGCAGCUAUAUGUUGCACAGCCAUGCACCGUGGUGCAGCGCUUGCUGCAAUGUCAUAUUUAUCUUGUUUUUUAGAUGUGGGCCUUCUCUCUCUGUUAGAAUGUAUGAAUUGUAUUACUGAGGGAUCAUUCAACAUCACAGCCAUUCACGUUAUAUCUCACAGUGGUGAGGGGCUUGUAUCUAAUGUGGUUUAUGCUUUACUGGGUGUGUCUGCAAUGUCUCGGGUUCAUAAGUGCGCAACAAUUUUGCAACAACUAGCAGCAAUUUGCACACUAUCUGAAAGAACAACAUGGAAGGCUAUACUUUGCUGGCAAACACUUCAUGGCUGGCUGCAGUACGCGGUUCAGGCUCUUCCUGCUGAAUACCUAAACCAUGGAGAAGCAGAGGCCAUAGUGCCACUUUGGUCAAAGGCACUUGCUGAUGCAGCCUCUGAUUAUCUUGAGAGCAAGAAUUCUGAUGGAUUAAAGAGCGAUUUCGGACAUAUGCAAGGGAAGGGUGGCAGAGUUCUAAAGCGGCUGGUUCGGGAAUUUGCUGAUGCUCACCGAAAUAUUCCAAAUUUAACUUGAGCACUGGAUGAACAUUUUUGUUUCGGAUUUAUCUGAUGCGUUUCAGCAUGCAGGUUUAAGAGUUGAUGAGGCACCUUUGGUCUUCCCCAAAUGGUAAGGGUACCUGUAUUAUUUUGUUGUAAAUUGAUGAGAUAUGUAUAGAUGCGCGUAUGGUCAACUGUGGUGCCCUACCAUCUAAAGUGCCUUCCCAUAUUCCAUUACUAUUUUUCUGUAUUUUGUCCACUGUACAGUAUAUGCCCACAAUUUUGGCCCUUAAGAAUCAGGUUAGGAUAGAUGCCCCCUUUUUUCAAAUUGUACAGGAUAUCCAUUAAGGAUCAUCCGCAUAUGGAACUGCAGGUUUUUGAAGGAAAAAAAAUUAAUGACACUUAUAUUCUACAGUCA